AACAAGGAAGAGAGUCCCGAGCAGGACGGAGGGGACGCGUGUCCGGUGACAGCGGGAGGUUGGAGUCAGCAUGGCGGAGCCCGGAGAAGGGGAAAAGGUAGAGCCGGCAUCCGAAGCGCUGUUGCUCAUGGCCAGCGGUGAUGGGGAAGAGGAUGCAGAGGAGAUCGUGGAGGUGGUGGAUCUCGAGCCGUCUGGACCGGAUGAUCUGGCUGAUGAAAUAGAAGAUGUGGAUUUAGAAGAAGACUCUGCUUGGGAGGAAGAUGAGGGGGUGGAAGAAGGCAUGGAGGCUCAGGAUGACAGUGAGGUCACAUUCUCUAAGCAUACAGCUUCAGUUUUCUGUGUCAGUCUUGACCCAAAGACCAACACUCUUGCUGUGACAGGUGGUGAAGAUGACAGGGCCUUUGUGUGGCAUGUCAGUGAUGGCGAGCUCCUUUUUGAGUGUACAGGUCACAAAGAUUCUGUCACUUGUGUUGGUUUUAGUUAUGACUCCACUUUCGUGGCCACGGGUGACAUGGGUGGACUCAUUAAAGUCUGGCGAGUUGAUGCCAAAGAAGAGAUUUGGUCUUUCGAAGUGGGUGACUUGGAGUGGACAGAAUGGCACCCCCAGUCCCAUGUCCUUCUGGCUGGCACAGCUGAUGGCAACUGCUGGAUGUGGAAGAUCCCUAGUGGAGAAUGCAAAACCUUUCAAGGGCCAAAUUGUCCGGCUACAUGUGGCCAUGUCCUCCCUGAUGGGAGAAGGGUUGUUGUCGGCUAUGAAGAUGGAACAGUGCGCAUUUGGGACCUGAAGCAGGGCAACUCACUGCAUGUUCUGAAAGGAAAUGAGGGGCACCAGGGCCCUCUAACGUGUGUGGCCAGCCAGAAGGAUGGCAGUCUAAUCCUGACAGGUUCUGUUGACUGCCAUGCCAAGCUGAUAAAUGCUGCAACUGGAAAGGUGGUGUCUGUGUUCAAGGCAGAGAGCAACCCGGGAGCUGAGGAGGAGGCAGAAUCCAACUCAGUGGAGUCCCUGGGUUUCUGCAAUGUGAUGCCACUGGCAGCUCUCGGCUAUUUGGAUGGGACCUUGGCUAUUUAUGACCUUGCCACGCAGACUCUGAGGCAUAAGUGCCAGCAUGAGUCGGGUAUUGUGCAGCUCCUUUGGGAAGAAAGUUCCCCCGUGGUCUACACUUGCAGUCUGGACGGGGCUGUGAGGCUCUGGGAUGCCCGGUCAGGAAAGCUCAUUAGUGAAUACAGAGGCCACUCGGCUGAAAUUUUAGACUUUGCUUUGAACAAAGAUGCUUCGCUUGUAAUUACUACUUCUGGUGAUCACCAGGCCAAGGUGUUUUGUGUGCAACAACCUGACCGCUAGCAUUUAGGUGACUGGGCACUGCAAGGGGAGUGUGCCAUGUGACUGACGACAGACAUACUCAUGAGACUUUGGCAGAGUGGAUGGGGUUAGCUGCAGUGAGGCAACUAAACAUUUCAGAAUCAUCCUUAUUUUGAAAAGAAAGCUUUGCCCCCUCUAUCCCCAACUGAUUGCUGGGGUUUUCUACAAAAGGCUUUUAAGUAUUUAAAUCCCUGGUGCUUCGCACGCAAAGCUAUGAGAAAACACAAGUGGGUGGGGCUUGGAUCAGGAUCUGGGCAGUGGUAGGCACUGAAGUGAUGUAUCUCAGAGGAACCUCCAUACUUCUCCCAGUUUCAAAGAGAUCUCCUCUCACAUAAUUUUUGAAGAUACAUACAUGGAGAUCAGAGGUAUCACCUUCUAUGUUCUUCCCCUUAAGAUGGGGCAAAUGGACUGUUACACAGCCUCUGAAAUGACAGUAAGGCUCAUCCUUCCCUUUUCAUUUUGAGCUUGUGCUUCCCCUUCCAGCGAAUCAUGUGGAUUUGUUCAGAGCCAAUCAAAUGAUGUUCCUGAGGCUUUGGAACUCUAGUGGAAACUGAGCAGGUCAUCCUGGACUUGAAUACAUGGACCUCUCAGUGACAAUAACAAGACAGCUUGUUGUUACAUCUCUAGAUGUUAGGACAAAAUAAAAAAGAAGACUGUCAUCUUGAAGGGCUUGUUUGAAUUUGUGGCUUGCUAGACCAUGGUUGCACCGACUAGAUAGCUAGUUCGUGUGGUAACCAAAGACCAGCCUAUUGUCCUGAAACGGGCAAGAGGGAAAAACAUAAAGAUGUUGCAUUGUCUCAUACCAGAAAUAUAACAGUAAGGAGUGUAUCAAGUGGAACCAUGCAGCCAUUCAUUUUGCCUGAAAAUCUUUUAGGAUAGUUGGGUAAAGAUACCUGAACAAUGGUGUGGGGUCUGGGGUGUCAUGUUUCAGAUAGGUGCUCAUUGCUAGGUAAUGUAAACUCAAAUUAUAACCAAGUACUGUGUUUUCCUUGAUGUUCAGAGAAAUUUAACUCCAGUCCGAAAGAGAAGCUAAAGAGGCUAACAAUAUAAAAGCAAUUCUACAAUGUGCUUCGGGUGGUAGGGGUGGUAAGGAACUACUGCAAGAUGCAAGGUUGAUAUUUAAGAGCCUACUCAGCUAGAAAAGCGAAAGCUAGAGUGAAACUUCUUAGCUGUGGGUGAUCAGGGUUUGCUACCAAACAAGUUAGUUAGAUGUAGUCUGGAAAGUAGUGCUGUUGUCCAAUGCCUUCAUUUUCUCAAUGACUUUGCUUUUUUUUAGGCAACUCCAACUAUGCUACCUGUUGGAUUUGCAGGAGUGGUCCAGUACAGCUCAUUGCCCAGAUUACUUUUACUACAGUCUCACUAGGGAGCCCUUGCAGUAUCAGACUUUUGGCUGGUAGGGCUUAGAAGGUAGUUUAUUUAUAACAGCGUCCUUGCUGCUGCAUGGAUGUCUUGUUUUCCAUCAGGUGGAGCCCAAUAUUUCCAAUUCUGGCUUGCCCUGCAAUCUGUAGUGGGUUGUGCUUAAGAGGAUUUUUGAUCUCAUCUGAUAUAAUCAUCCUUUGGAUUCUGCUUUCAGACUUCACCUACUGCUUUCAAAUGCUAUCGUUGACUGGAAAACAGAAAUAUGUAUAUCCCCCAAACAGUGUACCAAUUAAUAUCACAAUGUGUUGGGUUAACCAGAAUUUCUCAAUAGAGACUAUCCUUAAAAUACUUAUCCUUUCUAAGCUGUUGUGGAACCAACAAAAGGCACUUUCCCCAACACUGAUCAUUGGAUUGAUUACUGUUUUGGUUUUUUUUUACAUAAUCUGACCAUAUAAAGCCCUUAAUGAAACUGUCCUAUGAGAUUUUCUGAUCUUUUGACAUUCUUUUCCUUUGCAUGAAUAAGAUUCAGUUCAUAGUAUGAAGAAAUCAACAGGUUCAAUAUUCUUA